UUCCUAUUGGUCAGACUAUAUGAAAUACUUUGUCUUGGGGAGAGAGAGUCGAGAAGGCGGGGGAGGGGGGAGGGUCCGUUAGUAUACAGGCAGAUGAUUGGGCAAGAUAUGCGCCCGAGAACCGUCCAUUGGAAAGAACAGAUGUCUGUCACAGAGUCCGGAAGUCGCUGAGGCAGUGGUCGAGACCACUGCGAUAGCAACGCGAGGGGUGAAAAUAGAUUCGAGGCUGAGGGUCGAACCAGGCUGGGCCGCUGGCCAAGGGAGGCAACCAUGGACCAACUGGAUGCUGUGAUCCCUUCACUGGAACCCUUCAGGGUAGAGCAGGUUCCACCCAUCAUUUACUAUGUCCCAGAUUUCAUCUCUGAGCAAGAAGAGACAAAGCUGCUCCGACAGGUGUAUGAGGCUCCAAAGCCCAAAUGGACACAGCUUUCAGGGCGGAAAUUACAGAACUGGGGUGGGCUCCCCCACCCAAAGGGGAUGGUGCCUGAACAGCUACCUCAGUGGCUCCAGCGCUGUGUGGACACGGUCUCCGGGCUUGGCCUGUUCGGGGGUGCCAAAGCUAAUCAUGUCCUAGUAAAUGAAUACCGGCCAGGAGAGGGCAUCAUGCCCCAUGAGGACGGCCCCCUGUACUACCCAACCGUCAGCACCAUCAGCCUGGGCUCCCACACGAUACUGGAUCUGUACCCGCCUCGAGGGCCUGAGCUGGAGAAGGACCCCCAAGAGGAGCAGCCCCAGCUUCAGCCCAAGUUCUCUCUGCUGCUGGAGCCCCGAAGCCUCCUGGUCCUCCGAGGGGAAGCUUACACCCACUUUCUUCACGGGAUCCGCCCAACAUUGAUGGACUCGUUGACCGAGACCCCAGUGGCCAAUGCUUCUGCCUGCCCCUCUGCCCAGCCCGGGGCCCUGCUCCCCCGAGGCACACGGGUCUCUCUGACUAUUCGAAGGGUCCCCAGAGUGCUCCGUACCAGCCUCUUGCUGAGCAAGCGAUCCCUGAGCACUCCAGGGAUCUCCAAACACCAGUUAAACCCAGGGAUCUCCAAGCACCAAUUAAACUCAGGGAUCUCCAAGCACCAAUUAAACCCAGAGAUCUCUAAGCACUAAAUAAACCCAGGGCUCUCCAAACACCAAUUAAACCCAGGGAUCAGAUCACCAAGAACCAGUAAGCUCAUUAAAACCAUACAACCCUCCCUUGCUUGCCUCGGACUCCUGGGUCUGAGUCAGCAGAAUUUAGGGAGAAAGCAAUCCCAGUCCAGCCCUUGGGGAGAUGAUUUUGCCUGCAAAGUUCCCAUCCUGGUUCAGGAAUAAACUACACUUACCUCGA